CAGAGCCCCAGCAUGGAGCUCAGUCAGGUCCAGGCCAGGGACCUGGACAAGUUCAUCGAAGACCACCUCCUGCCGGACACGCCUUUCCGCAGGCAGGUGAGGCGGGCCAUCCACGACAUCUGCAGCUUCCUGAAGGAGGAGUGCUUCCAAGGUGCCCCCCACCCGGUGCGGGUGUCCAAGGUGGUGAAGGGCGGCUCCUCGGGCAAAGGCACGACCCUCCGAGGCCGGUCGGACGCUGACCUCGUAGUCUUCCUGAGCCAGCUCAGAAGUUUUCAGGAGCAGUUGGAUCGCCGAGGGGAGUUCAUCAGGGAAAUCAGGAGACAGCUGGUGGCCUAUCAGAGAGAGACAGAGGUGCAGUUUGACAUCCAGGAUUCUUCCUGGCAGAACCCCCGCGCGCUCACCUUCACGUUCAGUUCCCCAUGGCUCGAGGAGAGCGUGGAGUUUGAUGUAUUGCCCGCCUUUGAUGUCCUGGGUCAGCUGACAAGAAGCCCUGGCCUACAGAUCUCCACAGGCUACAGGCCUGACCCCCAGAUCUACGUGAGACUCAUCAAAGAGUGCACGCGGCUGGGGAAAGAGGGCGAGUUCUCCCCCUGUUUCACCGAGCUGCAGAGAGCCUUCCUGAAGCAGCGCCCAACCAAGCUCAAGAGCCUCAUCCGCCUGGUGAAGUACUGGUACCAGCUGUGCAAGGAGAGCCUGGGCAAGCCCCUGCCCCCGCAGUACGCCCUGGAGCUGCUCACGGUCUACGCCUGGGAGUGUGGAAGCCAGGCCACUGACUUCAGCACAGCUCAGGGCUUUCGGACUGUGUUGGAGUUAGUCAUGAACUACCAGGAGCUUCACAUCUUCUGGACAGAGUAUUACGACUUUGAAAAUCCUGUUAUUAGUCAAUACCUGCUGAAACAGCUCAAGAAACCCAGGCCCGUGAUUCUAGACCCAGCUGACCCUACGGGAAACGUUGCUGGUGGACAGGCAUGUGGCUGGCUGCGUCUGGCACAAGAGGCUGAAGACUGGUUGAGUUACCCAUGCUUCCAGAAUUGGGAUGGGUCUCCAGUGAGCCCCUGGAACAUUCAGCUCCAUCAUGGCCCGAUAAGCUGCGGUUGCAGAAUAUAUGAAUAUGAACAGCAACGUGAAUACUAUCAAACCUAUGAAGCACCCCAGAAGGAAGAGAACUGGACCUGCACCAUCCUCUGAACACCACUGCAUCUUAGGGGACAGGGCUCCAGAGUCACCUGGGCCAGCCUCCACAUUUCCAGGGGAUGAAUGUUGAUUCAGAGAAGAUAGAGGACUGUGCCAAGCCAGCAGUGAGUAAGACAGACCUAGGACCAAAAUCUAGGUCUCCUGAGCCCACCCUUCCCACUCUUCCAUGCUUCUGUUCUUUCACAGAUAGCAUUUUUCCCUCAGCCCCACCCCACCCCACCCCACCUAGUCUCAGACAGCAAGAGAAAUA